AUGGCCUAUUUCUCCUCGCUCCUCUGUUCCUUCCUUUUGCUCUUUCUUCCCCCCCUUCCCAGCUUCGGCUUGACAAGUAGGGUGUCGCGAUUGGAGGCGAGCGGAGCUUCUUACCGAUUGGUUCGCUAUAGGCGGGAACGAUUCUCCCCCCGCAUCCAGGGCCAGGGUUCCCCAUAA